AUGACAGACUCAUUUGUUUCUCUACAUUCUUUGACGCCACUCGAUCUUAAGCAGUUAUCAAGACAACAGAAGCGUCAACUCUUGCAGAGGCAUCGUGAGAGUCACACACGCAAUGCCAACGUUGUUUUUCUUCUAGGAACAGAUCUUCUUGCUGGUGGUACUAGCGGUAUCAGUGAGGUGGAGCUGUCGUCCAUCUAUGAACAGAUUCUUAUCGCGGCGUUGGAUUGCGGACGUGUGGACACCGCACGACACUACCUUUCCUUGUUACAAAAGCGAUUUGGUAAGCAAUCGGUUCGUGUGAGGCAUCUUGAGGGUUUAUGCCUGGAGGCAGAAGGGGCAACAUCAGCUGCGGAGCAACUGUACCGUGGAAUUCUUAAAGAUUCUCCAACUGAUGACUUCCCUGUAAAGCGACUAAGCGCGAUAUUUAAGAGUGAUGGACAACUUAAAAAGGCUAUUGAGGUACUGGAGCAACAGCUUGUGUACACAGAUGAGAAUGAAGAGAAGCACAAAUAUUUGGAGGUGCACUGUGGUGAUAGUGUUCCUGCUUAUCGCGAACUAUCUAAUCUGUACUACCUAUGUGAGGAUACUCAGAAAGCGCUUUACUACGCUGAUGAGGCUAUGUUGUUUACCGCCAAUUCGUACCUUUCUCAUACCCGCAUAGCAGAACUGUGCUACAUGUCGGGUGACUACAACCGUAGUCUCAUUGAGUACGCCCAGUCACUGCGGCUUAACGAUCAUGCCAACAACAGCCGUGCAGCAUAUGGACUAUGGGUAACGGCGAAUGAAGUGGUGAAGCAAGCGAAGGCCGCACCGCGACGGGUGGGAGGUGAACAUUCAGUAGAUGAGGCAAUUGAACUUCGGUCUUGGGCAGAGAAGAAACUGCUGCAGAUGUACAAGGGUAGUCCGAUGCUCUCGGCGGUGGAAGCUAUGCUGCAGCGUGAGGCGUGA